UUCUCUAUUCCUAAUGCCCUAAACAAUGAAUUCGUUUACUUCUUCUAUGUACUAUUCAUCAUCUUCCCCAACAUAAUCUCAUUCUGAUUUUUGAACCCUACCCCCUCACCCUUUACCUCUUGAUUUUCGAAACCCAGAUCAAGGUGAACCUCCCUCUUUUGGCACAUCAGAGUAAAGCAAGCAAUACUCAUCUUCUACCUCUGAUGCUCGCAAGAAACACAACAAACCCUUCCCUCCUUGCCUUCGAUUUUGAUGAAAAUGGAGCAGAAACAACAACACAAAACAACGGUCUUCUUGCCUUCUUUGGAUCCGAAAAUCAGCAAUUGUUUAUUCUCAUGUUCCUUCUCUUGAUUCGAAAAUCAGCUAUUACUUUGUUUCUUGGUCUUCAAUACUGCACAUUACUGACUGUCUAUAGAUCGAAACCAGUCGGGAACGAUGGGUUAGCGUUGAUGAAUAGAGUUACAUGGAUGUUAAAUUGGUACGUGAGAAGAUGUAGCUUUGUAUCAUGUUUUGGUAAAUGUAUAUUGCACUAGAUUGUAUUGGUUAUGUUGGACUUUUAUAGUGACUUUUAUGAUUACAUUGUAUUUUAGUUAGAUGUUUGGUUUGAGAAUUAGUUGAUUCAGCUAUGUCAUAGAACUGGUGAUCCCUUUGCACAAGUUUUGGAAUUUAGUUUUAAGUUUCUUGGGAAAUAAACUUCGUGAUGACCCUGUUUACUCAGUCAACGGUAAGUAGGGUUGUUACAAUCGCCUUAACCCGCUGUUUUAAUUUUUAACAAACUUUUUGGUACGCCGAGUUGAGCUUUUAAAAAAGAUUGACAAAUUACUCAUAUCAAUAAGGUGCGUGUCUUAGACUAUGGAGCAUAUUUGCUGAGAACUCUACAGUAAAACGUGCUUAGUAGGGAGCAAUCUUAGAAUGGGUGACCACCUGAAAAGUUUUCUCGGGUGCGCAUAAGUGAGGUCAAAGUGCUCUAAACUUGUGUUGAUCUGUUGGGUCGGUCUACAGUCUCCAUGGAUAAUCAUCGGUAGUCCGACGAGCCGGGAUAUUACAAACUUGCUCUAUGAUGAUAGUAAUUCUUAACUUUUUACUUAAUUCAUGCUUUAGCAUUCCACUCUUAUCAAACAAAUGAUACUAAAUCAAAUUCAUCAACAAUAGUUAGUCUUUAAUACGAAAGAAAAUAAAAAGUAAUAAGAUACCAAAAAGUUAGUAACUCACAAGCAUUAUUGGUGUUGUUUUUGUUAUAUUUUACUUAGGAAAUUAGACAAUUAAAAACGAUAAGUGGACCAUCAACAAUAUUAGAAGAAUCAAAUUCACCAACAAGUUCUUAAUUUUUUUCUUUUAUUCUUAUAAAUUAAGUUUGUUAAAAAUAAAAUCGGAACACAGGCCAUUAAAAUAGAUACCCGACUAGUCGGAUACCCGAUAUAUCAGGUACCCGAUCAUGAACACCCCUACUCAAAAUGUUAUAUAUUUUGUAUUAAGUAUUCCACCUUUAUAUUAAUAUUAAUAGGAAUUUCUUUUUCUUAUCUUAGAAAUGAAAAUGUCAGUAAAUAAAUCAAAUACCAUUGACUGUUAAACAGUGGAGCAAUAUAUUGAAAAGUCAAGAUUCAAGAAUAUUUUGAAAAGUAAAAUUGUUUCAAGAAAAUGUUAAUAAAAUAUUAGGAACAAAAAAAUUAAAUGAAGGAACUAUAGAAGCAUGUAUCAUACUUCCUAUAGGGACAAAAUUAGUAAUAAAUAAUGCACUAUGUUCGAGUAAAUCUCGAAGAAAUUUUAUCAGUUUCGGAGCAAUAUGCCAAAAGUGUUACCAUAUGAAAACAAAGACAAUAAUGAAAAAGAAUUCUUAUGCCUUAUGACGGAAAAUAAUGGCAAGAAAAUCAUCCGUUAAAGGAUGCCAACAUAUUCAUCGGUCUUGUAUCUUACUCAUAUGCGUCCGAUUAAUAUAAAGACGAUAAAACUAGACAAUAAAUAGCUAUUUACUCCAGGGCAUGACCUAUUAGGUCAACAUGGCACUAGGAUGAUGCAUAAAAUAAUAGAAAAUUCAAUCGUAUAUUUAUUAAGAAAUAUUAAGAUUUCCAGUCAAAUGAGCUCUUAUGCACUUUUUUCUCUUGAAAAAUUUAUUAUUAGACCAUCAAUAAAUAAAAUUGCUAUUAAAUCUCAAAUAUUUUUUGAAAAAAAUCCAAGGAGAUAUAUAUGGACCAAUAAAUCUACCAUGUGGACCUUUUAGGUACUUUAUGGCUUUAAUAGACGCUUCCACACGAUGGUCACACGUAAGCCUUCUAUCGAGUAGAAAUAACACAUUUGCAAAACUACUUGCACAAAUUAUCCAAUAGAAUAAUCAUUUCCUG